GCUGCGGGAAAGAAUUAGAGUAUGGGGGUGUGUUUGUUUUUUAUACUUGUAAGGCAGCACGUUGCUAUAAAAAUCACGCUUUUUAUUACACAUUUCGUAUUUGAUGUGGUGACACCAGACGGGGAGUACAGGAGGUAACAUUAAACCAAAAAGGAAAUAUUGUGUCUAGUGACUCAAAUUGAAUGACAGGAAUAUCGCAGCGUUUACGUGAACAUUUGCAGGCACCAACUUCCUUUAUCCUUUUGACAAGCAUGUGACGCUCCCAUCACCUCCAGGGCAUUUCCAAGCAGGCAAACGUGUGGGCUUACCCGUCCUUACCAUAACUAAUGACCUGAAACAAAAUGAAAAGAGGUAAACAGUAGGUUACGUAAUGUUGGUUAGUAGGGAUGAACUACAGGUAUCAAACUAGAGAAUUAUUUGUUAACCAUUGAGCUGUGUUCGAGUUAUGGGGAGCCAUAGCCAAAACAGCCCUCCCAGACGUAAGAAAAGUUUGUAACAUUUCUAUUGCCACAAUGAAUGAGAAGUGGAAUUCAUAAAGCCAAAACUGUAUCUACAGUAAUGUCACCUGUAGCUUUAAAUAUGUGCGCAUCUCCAUGUGUUCUUGAUGAUUAUAUGGAUUGGCCGUCAUUUAGUUCAUCUCACCAGCAACAUCAGCCCAGUUGUUCACGCCAUGCCAAGUUACAGCUACAAACGGGCAUACUGUAAACGCAGUAGUGGAAGAAGUACUCAGAUCCUUUAUUUACAUUAGCAGUCAGAAGUUUGGAUACUCUCCCGUUCAAUUCAAGGGAAUAUGUCAAAACCUUUGACUGCAGUGUUGAGUUUAAUACCACAGUGUAUAAAUACUCUGUUACAAGUAAAUGUCCCGCGUUCAAAAAUUUAGUUGAAAUUCAGUGAAAGUACAAAGUAAGAAACAAGCACGACACACGUUAAAGAGGUCGCCUAAUGAACAGCAUAGAGGUGCAGUCCUGCUGGAGCGGCGAUGCGUGACGUCACAGUGGGUGAAGCCACAUAUAAACGCCAUGUGGGUGCUGAGGGAAGCCAGUGAUUGCGCACCGGGAAGAUAAACACAAGAACACGAGAUGAUCUGGACCAUUUUAUUGCUUGUCCAAGUCAUUUUGCUCUAUUUCAUUCUCACACAGAGAUCGAGAUCCAAGAGUGAUCCGCCUCUAGACAGAGGCAUUAUCCCAUGGUUAGGCCAUGCACUUGAAUUUGGAAAAGAUGCUUCCAAGUUCUUGAAUCGAAUGAAGCUGAAACAUGGCAACAUUUUCACAGUGCGUGUUGCUGGACGUUACGUGACUGUGCUGCUGGAUCCACACUCAUAUGACUCGGUUAUGAAUGACUCAGAGUCCCUGGACUUUACUCGCUAUGCACAGGUGCUGAUGGAGAGAAUCUUCAAGCUGCGGCUCUCACACCGGCAGAUGGCUAAAGCAAAAGCCAUGAUGACACUACACUUUAUGGGAAUGAAUUUGGCUGCCCUCAACAGCACCAUGAGCAGACACCUGAAAGCUUUGCUGAAAGCUGAGAUGCCUCAGAACCAGAAAGACUGGAAACAGAAGGGACUGUUCGACUUCUCUUACAGCUUACUCUUUAAGGCAGGGUACCUGACACUGUUUGGAGGAGAGAAGAACAACAACAGCAGUGCAGAUCUCUCAAGUGUCUAUGAGGAUUACAAAAAGUUUGAUGGUCUCUUAACCAAAAUAGCAAGGGGCACACUAAAGUCAGACGAGAAGAGGACAGCCCAGAGCAUUCGAGACAAACUGUGGGAGGCUUUGGCUCCAGCAGGUCUGACUGAAGACGCAGGGUCAAGCCUCUGGCUUCACGCUUACAGGUGUCUCCUACAGGAGGAAGGGGCUGAUGAGGAGACACAGACGAAGGCACUACUGAUGCAACUCUGGGCUACACAGGGUAAUGUUGGUCCUGCUGCAUUUUGGCUUUUGGGCUACUUGUUGACAAAUCCUCCAGCUCUGACAGCGGUGAAGAGGGAGUUCAGCUGGAUCUCGCAGGAGGCUCCUUUCAUGGACAGAGCUGUGAAAACUCCUGUGUUUGACAGUGCCUUGGAAGAGACACUGAGACUCACUGCUGCCCCCUUCAUCACAAGAGAGGUUGUGCAGGAAAAGAAACUCCACAUGGCAGAUGGCCAAGAGUACCUGCUCAGAAAAGGAGACAGAGUGUGCUUGUUUCCCUUCAACAGCCCUCAAAUGGACCCGGAGAUUUACCAAGAGCCGCAGAAAUAUAAGUAUGACCGCUUCCUGAAUGAAGACGGCUCAGUGAAGAAAGAUUUUUAUAAAGCAGGGAGGUGCCUGAAAUAUUACACCAUGCCAUGGGGUGCAGGGACCAAUGGUUGUGUGGGAAAGCAGUUUGCUAUCAAUACCAUCAAACAGUUUGCUUACAUGGUGUUGACUAACUACGAUUUGGAGCUGUGUGACCUAAAUGCUCAGAUGCCGGAGGUGAAUCCAAGUCAUUAUGGAUUUGGGAUGCUACAGCCAAAGGGGGACUUGCUUGUCCGAUAUAAACCAAAGAAUACACACUAGGAGUUCAAAAACAAGCAAAGCACAUGUGUUUUCUGCACAUUUCAACUCAUACAUGUUGAUGACGCUGUCACUUUGUACCAUUGUUUUUUAUAUUUGUAUUAUACAGUAU